AGGGUUGAGUAGUUCUCGGCACGACUGCUUGAGUCUCAGCGCCACGAUCUCGAUUAUUCCGAAGCACCGCCGUGCGUUUUCACGAGAAAAGGCAAAGAUUGUGUGAAUUACUCGUCGCAAAGUCACAUUGUCGCUUCCACUACGUAAAUUAAAACUUUUCGAGAAAUUUGUUGGCUCUUGCAUCAUCUCACAAUGAACAAGCUCCUGAGUGCAAAUCUUAUGUCCGGCGCCUCCCGGUCCUUCAGGCCCUCCUAUGUACCAUCCAGAUUAAGCUCGGAUAAGGUCAAAGGUGCGGUGAUUGGCAUUGACUUGGGCACCACCAACUCCUGCGUGUCAGUCAUGGAGGGCAACGUCGCUAAGGUCAUCGAAAAUGCUGAGGGCAACAGGACGACACCUUCCACAGUGGCUUUCACAAAGGACGGCGAGCGACUCGUUGGUGCUCCUGCUAAGCGUCAAGCAGUUACAAACCCUGGAAACACAUUUUACGCUACCAAACGCCUGAUUGGCCGCCGGUUUGAAGAUGCUGAGGUCAAGAAGGAUAUGAACACGGUCUCUUAUAAAAUUGUGAAGGCGUCUAACGGCGACGCCUGGGUUGAGGGCACCGACGGCAAGAGGUACUCUCCCAGCCAGAUCGGAGCCUUCACUCUGAUGAAAAUGAAGGAGACCGCUGAGAACUACCUGGGCCAGCCUGUUAAAAACGCCGUGGUCACCGUACCUGCCUACUUUAACGACUCGCAGCGCCAGGCCACCAAGGACGCUGGUCAGAUUUCCGGUCUGAACGUGUUGAGGGUCAUCAACGAGCCCACGGCGGCCGCACUUGCUUACGGAAUGGACAAGACUGAGGAUAAAAUAAUUGCAGUUUAUGAUUUAGGCGGUGGCACUUUUGAUAUUUCCAUUUUGGAGAUUCAGAAGGGUGUUUUUGAGGUGAAGUCGACCAAUGGCGAUACAUUCCUUGGAGGAGAAGAUUUUGACAAUACUUUGGUUAAAUUCUUAGCUGCAGAAUUCAAGAAAGAGCAAGGGUUAGACAUCAGCAAAGACAUAAUGGCGAUGCAGCGCGUUAGGGAAGCGGCAGAGAAGGCAAAGAUUGAGCUGUCAAGCUCCCUGCAGACGGACAUUAACCUUCCAUACCUGACCAUGGACCAGUCUGGGCCUAAGCAUUUGAGCUUGAAGCUGACCAGGUCCAAGUUUGAGAACUUGGUCGAGGGGCUGGUGAAACGGACAGUUGCGCCUUGCAACAAGGCUCUGUCCGAUGGCGAGGUCACCAAGAAGGACAUUGGAGAGGUGCUGCUUGUUGGUGGCAUGACUCGCAUGCCCAAGGUGCAGAGCACCGUGCAGGAGAUCUUCGGCCGCGUGCCCAGCCAUGCUGUCAACCCUGACGAGGCCGUUGCCAUGGGCGCUGCCAUCCAGGGUGGAGUUCUCGCUGGAAACGUCACUGACGUCCUCCUCCUCGACGUGACCCCUCUCUCACUUGGCAUUGAAACUCUUGGUGGUGUCUUCACCAAGCUCAUCACAAGAAACACCACAAUCCCCACCAAGAAAAGCCAGGUGUUCUCGACCGCAGCUGAUGGACAGACUCAGGUGGAAAUCAAGGUGAUGCAGGGCGAGCGUGAGAUGGCUACUGACAACAAACUGCUGGGUCAGUUCACGUUGGUUGGCCUCCCCCCGGCGCCCCGUGGCGUGCCCCAGAUUGAAGUGACCUUUGACAUUGAUGCCAACGGCAUUGUCCACGUCUCCGCCAGGGACAAGGGCACUGGCAAGGAGCAGCAGAUCGUGAUCCAGUCAUCUGGAGGCCUGAGCAAGGAUGAGAUUGAGAACAUGGUGAAGCGCGCAGAGCAAUUCGCCGAGGAGGACAAGAAACGCAAGGAGCGCGUGGAACAGGUGAACCAGGCCGAAGCCAUCCUGCAUGACACUGAGUCCAAGAUGGAGGAGUACAAGGACCAGCUGCCCUCAGAGGAGGUUGCCAAACUUAAAGAGGAAAUUGCCAAGGUGCGCGAAACACUCUCCAAGAAGGACGAGGUCGACCCUGAGGAGAUAAGGAAACAAACCAGCGCCCUGCAGCAGGCGUCGCUCAAGCUUUUCGAAAUGGCAUACAAAAAGAUGGCUGCUGAGAGGGAAGGUAGCAGCGGAAGUAGCAGCAGCAGUUCAGAAGAACCUCAGGACAGCAAAAAGGAAGAGAAGAAUUAAUUUGGCUACAUUAGUGUAGUGUUCCGAACAAUGGGCGAGCAGAUGAUGAGGGCCACCGUUUUGUUUUUGCGUAGCUGGUGUCCCUGGAAUCGAGAUGCUUGAGUUUAGGCUAGUCCACAUCACGGACUCAAGGAAUCGAUCAUCAUUAUGGACUCAAAUGCAUUUCCUGUUACAAUUAUUUAACUCUUGUGAAUGUUACUAUUGCCAUUUUUGUCCCAUUGGUUGCAAUAUUUACGAUCAAUAGGAAGAGAAACAAUUAUUUUUAUUUCCCUUCAAGUUUGUCCCUUCCUAGAAAUAAACAUCAAGAAUAUGAAAACCAAA